AUGGGCCAAUUGCAGGAUCAGGAUCUGCCAGAACCUGAAUCAUAUGAAGGAUCAGCAGGCCGAGAUAGAAUCGAGUAUAUCCUCCCCAGCACGGCAUUUCAACAAGACGUCAUUGACUGUGCUGGGAGUGACAAGCAGCGAUCCAUUGGCCAUGUUACUUAUGAGAUCAGCAAUGAUAUUGACAUUUCAAAAUUGGCUGCUGCUUGGAAAGAUACCAUCAACAGAACUCCUGCUUUGAGGACCUGUUCCUUCACUUCCAAGAAUGGAGACUCGUACCAGGUCAUCUUGAAAGACAGCUUUGUCUUCUCAUGGAUGUUUUCCACCUCUGUUGAUCAGAAAGAUGCUGUUGUGCAGGAUGAAGCAGUAGCUGCGGCUUCUGGCCCUCGCUGCAACAGAUUUGUUCUUCUGGAUGAUCCAAUCGCGAAGAAGAAGCUCCUCAUCUGGACUUUCAGUCAUGCUCUUGUUGACAGCGUCUUUCAGGAACGAAUCCUUGGUAGAGUUCUGAAGGCUUACAAGCAUGGGCAAGAUGAACUUUCCGACAGACCCUACACGCCUGAGUCGUCUGAUCCUGAGGAUGAUGGGUUGUCGUUGACUCCAACUGAUGGGUCGAAGACUCCAGAGACUGGGGGUAUUUAUUCUGCGACUCAGUUCUGGGAGGAGUACUUAAGUGAUCUGAAUGCUUGGGCGUUUCCGCACUUGACUUCUCCCUUGGCUGUUCCCUACCCCGAGGCAAAGUCAGAGCACCGCAUGAAGUUUCCAACUUCGGCUCAGUCGACUUGGCCCCGUGUUUCUGUCUGUAGGACUGCCCUUGCCGUACUCUUGUCACGCUACACGCACUCGCAAGAGGCGCUGUUUGGCGUGGUGACAGAGCAACAGCUGCUGGCAAAUGGUCCAACACAGACUGUUGUCCCCUUCCGCGUACACUGCUCUUCUGACCAGUCUCUGUCAAACAUCAUCAGUGCAGUCAAUGCCAACAAUGAUGCCAUCCGCCAGUUUGCAGAUGUCGGUCUUCGCAGCAUCGCCUCCUCUGGAGAUGAUGGCUCUGCUGCUUGCGGAUUCCAGACUGUUCUGUUAGUCACUGAUGGCGAUACUGAGCAGGCUGCAAACUGUGAGAUUCACCAGAAGGUUGGAGAGUCUGAGCUAUUCAUGCCCUGCACUAAUCGUGCUCUGCUUCUCCACUGUCAGGUGGACAGUGAUGGGGUAUCCGUCAUUGCCAGGUAUGACAAGAGCUUCAUCGAUUCCCAGCAAAUAGCUCGCCUUCUGCAACAGCUGGAUCAUUUGAUUCAGGUCCUACGAGGCUCUUCAGACACUUUGACGUCUGUAGGAGAACUCCAGAUGAUCACACGAGAAGAUCAAGCUGAGAUCCAAAACUGGAACUCAAUCCCCAUCCCUUCCCGACCAACCCUCAUCCACAAAGAGAUGCUCAAAACAUCAUCACUCUCCCCUUCGAAGCCCGAAAUCUGCGCAUGGGACGGGGAAUGGACUUACUCUGAACUCGACAACAUCACCUCCCGCUUGGCCGCACUCAUCAAGCUUAGUACCCCAGACCAAGAGCACGCGAUACUUCCUAUUUACUUCGAGAAGUCCAAAUGGGUCGUUGCUUCAAUGCUCGCUGUGAUGAAAGCCGGUCAUGCCUUUACACUCAUUGAUCCGAAUGAUCCGCCUGCUAGAGUGUCGCAGGUCGUUGGGCAGACGGGCGCGACAGUAGCUCUUACUUCAAAGCUAUACAAAGGCAAGGUAGAGGCCAUUGUUGAGCGAUGCCUUGUUGUUGACGAUGACCUUGUUCAAUCUCUCAUCUGCACUUGCGGCUUCAAUCCAGAUCUUGUUCUUGCGACGGUUACUCCAGAGGACUUGGCCUACGUUAUCUUUACGUCCGGUAGCACAGGCGACCCCAAGGGCAUCAUGAUUGAGCAUCGAGCCUUUUCGUCUUGUGCCCUCAAAUUUGGUUCUGCACUCGGUAUCAACAGCGACACGCGCGCUCUUCAAUUUGGAUCUCAUGCCUUUGGCGCGUGUCUUCUCGAGAUCAUGACGACUCUGAUCCUCGGCGGUUGCGUAUGCAUUCCCUCUGAUGACGAUCGCAUGAACAAUGUUCCCACUUUCAUCAAUCGGGCCAACGUCAAUUGGAUGAUGGCGACACCGUCUUAUAUGGGCACGUUUCAGCCUGAUGAUGUCCCUGGACUGCAGACUCUGGUGCUUGUUGGGGAGCAGAUGUCGCCGUCUGUUAACGCCACUUGGGCUCCUCGCGUUCAUCUCUUGGAUGGCUACGGGCAGAGCGAGAGUUCUUCCAUCUGCUUCGUUGGAAACAUUGGCUCAUGUGGAGCUGAUCCAAACAACAUAGGUCGCUCUGUUGGCGCGCAUUCUUGGAUCAUCGAUCCCCGCGACCACAAUCGUCUGGUCCCGAUCGGCGCAAUCGGUGAACUUGUCAUUGAGAGUCCAGGCAUUGCGCGCGACUACAUCAUCCCUCCACCAACAGAGAAGUCACCGUUCUUCUCAACAGUUCCAGCUUGGUAUCCUUCUGAACAUCUACCUGAUGGAUUAAAGUUCUACAGAACUGGUGAUCUUGCGCGUUAUGCGUCUGAUGGCACUGUUGUUUGUCUUGGCCGCAUGGACUCGCAGGUCAAGAUUAGAGGACAACGUGUCGAGCUUGGGGCUGUGGAGACGAAUCUCCGACAGCAGUUGCCUGACGACUUGUCAAUUGUUGUUGAAGCUGUCAAGCCGUCGGAUUCACCUACGAGCACUAUCCUUGUCGCCUUCUUGAUCGCCUCUGAGGCAGCUGAGUCUGCGAGCGAUGCCAGCAUCUUAGAUCUGGCUGCGACCAAGGACACAAGUGCGAAGCUGGAGCAGGUCCUCCCUCGCCAUUCUAUCCCAUCGUGCUACAUCAGCAUGCAACACCUUCCUCGCACCGCCACCGGCAAGGUCGACAGACGAAAACUUCGCUCUAUAGGUCGCGACAUGUUGGCCCAGCAGCUACAAGGAACCAGUUCCCGACCAUCUCAAUUGAGCUCUCCAUCAACCAGCGGCCAAUUUAAGCUGGAGGAGGUUUGGUGCCAGUGCCUGGGUCUUGAACCCGGUGCUCCAAACAUUGGAUCAACCUUCUUUGAGCUGGGUGGCCACUCCAUCACUGCCAUAAAGAUGGUCAACAUGGCAAGGUCAGCAGGUAUUGAGCUCAAAGUCUCUGACAUUUACCAGAACCCUAUCCUCGCUGGACUUGAGGCAAUUGUCAACGGUAGCGCUGUGCCAUACGCGAUCAUCCCAACGAUGACUCGCGAUAGACCAGUUGAGCAGUCUUACUCUCAAGGUAGACUCUGGUUCCUAGAUCAACUAGAAGUCGGCGCUCUAUGGUACUUAAUUCCGUACGCUGUUCGUAUGCGAGGAUUAGUAGACAUCGCUGCGCUGAGUCGUGCUCUGAUGGCCUUGGAGCAGCGUCACGAAACCUUACGGACUACCUUUGAGGAUCAUGACGGCACAGGUGUGCAGAUUAUUCACCAGACUCUCUCCAAAGAAUUGAGAGUCGUCGAUGCGACAGAUGGUGACUACCUUCGACUCCUGGAACAAGAGCAGACCACUCCAUUCGAUCUCACCUCCGAAGCAGGAUGGAGAGCACUACUCAUACGCAUAAGCGAUACCGACUACGUCCUCUCCAUCGCGAUGCACCACAUCAUCUCUGACGGCUGGUCAAUUGACGUUCUGCGCCACGACCUCAGCCAACUCUACGCCGCAGCUCUUCAAGGCCGUGACCCUCUCUCAGCCAUGAAUCCUCUCCCCAUCCAGUACAGCGACUUUGCCAUGUGGCAGAAGCAAGAAGCUCAAGCGCUAGAACAUGAGAAGCAGCUUGAAUAUUGGAAGAAACAACUUGCUGAUUGUUCACCUGCCAAGUUACCCACGGACUUCCCUCGUCCAGCUCUGCUCUCAGGUGAAGCAGGCGUUGUGCCAGUGUCCCUUGACGGGGAACUGUACCAGAACCUAAGGGAGUUCUGCAACGAAAACAACACUACCUCAUUCGCCGCGCUACUAGCUGCUUUCCGCGCAGCACACUAUCGUCUCACAGGUGUUGACGACGCUGUCAUCGGCACACCCAUCGCCAACCGCAAUCGCUGGGAACUAGAAAACAUCAUCGGCUUCUUCGUCAACACACAGUGCAUGCGCAUCACUGUCGAUGACGAACAUACGUUCAGCUCCCUAGUCCGUCAAGUCCGAGCUACGACCACCGCGGCAUUUGAGAACGAAGACGUACCGUUCGAGCGCGUCGUGUCAACAAUGUUACCUGGUUCACGAGACCUUUCACGAACACCGCUUGCGCAGCUCAUCUUUGCAGUUCACUCGCAGAAGGAUCUUGGAAGGUUUGAGCUCCAGGGUCUUGAAUCGGAGGCUGUUGCUAGCAAGGCGUAUACGCGGUUCGACAUUGAGUUUCAUCUCUUCCAAGAGGCUGGCGGGCUUAAGGGUAGUUGCAACUUUGCGACGGAUCUGUUCAAGCCGGAGACUAUUGAGAAUGUGGUCAGCGUGUUUUUCCAGAUUCUGCGCAAUGGUCUUGAGAAGCCGAAUGUUCCUAUCUCGGUUCUGCCUCUUACUGAUGGGAUUGAGGAGCUUCGGCGCUUGGACUUACUCAGGAUCAAGAAGGUUGACUAUCCGAGGGAUGCAAGCUUGGUUGACAUCUUCCGCACGCAAGUCGCUGCUUAUGCGGACUCUUUUGCAGUCGUGGACUCUUCUACGCGACUUACUUAUGCAGAACUUGACCGUCAGUCAGAUCUGCUUGGGACAUGGCUUCGUAAGCGGAAUAUGCCGGCUGAGACUUUGGUCGGAGUGCUUGUACCGCGUUCAUGCGAAGCGAUUGUCGCCAUCAUAGGUAUCCUCAAGGCGAACUUGGCUUACCUCCCGUUUGAUGUCAAUUCCCCCUCUGCCCGCCUGAACGGCAUUCUGUCAGGGUUAACUGGACCUAAGAUAGUGCUUCUGGGCUCAGACGUCCCUGUUCCCGAGCUGGAGGUGCCUGACUUGGAGCUUGUUCGUGUCCCUGAUGCCGUAGAGCAAGGCGACACAAACAAACUCAACGGCCAUGCCAAUAUCGACACAUCAAAUCCUACCGCCACAAGUCUUGCAUACGUCCUCUUUACCUCUGGAUCAACCGGUCGACCCAAGGGCGUCAUGGUAGAGCACCGCGUCAUCGUCCGUCUCAUGACAAGCAACAUCAUCCCCGACUUCCCAACUCAACCGCGCUCAGCCCACAUGUUCAACAUCGCCUUUGACGGCGCCACUUACGAGAUAUUCUUUACGCUCCUCAACGGUGGAACAUUGGUCUGCAUUGACUGCAUGACUACUCUUGACGUCAAGGCGCUUCAAGAUGCGUUCAUCAAGGAACAGAUCAACGCUGCGUGCAUGGCGCCUGCACUAUUGAAGCUGUAUCUCACUGAUGCCUGUGAUGCUUUGAGAGGUCUUGACUUUCUCAUGGCUGCUGGCGAUCGCUUCGAUGGUCAGGAUGCUAUUGAGGCCCAGAAUCUGAUUCGGGGACAGUGCUAUAAUGGGUAUGGACCAACGGAGAAUGGUAUCAUGAGCACGAGAUAUCCUAUCGCUCUUACGUUACCCGAUUUAAACCAGCAGCUUGUUGGUGUCGGUGUCAUGGGAGAGCUCGUCGUCACCGGUGAUGGUCUUGCGCGAGGAUAUUUCGACCCAGCCCUCAACAAGAACCGCUUCAUUCACAUUGAAGUCGAUGGCCAACGAGUGAGAGCCUAUCGCACUGGUGAUCGCGUACGGUACAGAGUAGGCGAUGGCCUAAUUGAGUUCUUCGGUCGCGUGGACACACAGUACAAGAUCCGCGGCAACCGUAUUGAGUCAGCGGAGGUCGAAGCUGCUAUGCUAAGCCAUGCCUCUGUCCGCGACGCUGCUGUCGUCGUGCAGAAGGAUGAUGGUGACAAGGCUGACUUGGUUGGUUUCGUCGUCAUUGAUCAUGAUCAUUCGUCGGAGGGCGACGCGAAUGAUAACCAGGUUGAGGGCUGGCAGGACCAUUUCGAGACUGAGAUGUAUGCCGACAUUGGGGAUAUUGAUCCGUCCACAAUUGGGAAGGACUUCAAGGGCUGGACGUCUAUGUAUGACGGGAGUGAGAUUGACAAGGUGGAGAUGCAGGAGUGGCUUGACGAUACUAUCAAGACGCUUCGUGAUGGUCAGGCUCCAGGUCAUGUACUCGAGGUCGGGACUGGUAGCGGCAUGAUCUUGUUCAACCUUGGCGACGGACUUCAGAGUUACAGAGGUCUUGAACCAUCCAAGUCUGCCGCCACAUUCACCAACAGCGUCCUCAAGUCCGUCCCGUCUCUCGCAGGCAAGGCAGAGGUCCACGUCGGUACAGCGCAAGACAUCAGCCAAUUGAGCGAUCUUCACCCAGACCUCGUGGUGGUCAACUCAGUCGCGCAGUACUUCCCUUCACCAGAGUACCUGGCUCAAGUGGCAGACACUCUGGUCCAUCUCCCCGGCGUCAAGCGUCUGUUCUUUGGUGACAUGCGAACGAAUGCUACCAACAAGCAUUUCCUCGCUGCCAGGGCUGUUCGGACACUGGGUGACAACGCAACGAAAGAUUCUGUUAGGCAGAAAAUGGGGGAACUGGAGGAGCGCGAGGAGGAACUACUUGUUGAACCAGCCUUCUUCACGAUACUACAAGAUCGCUUUCCCGACUUGGUCCACCAUGUCGAGAUUCUGCCAAAGAACAUGCAUGCUACAAAUGAGCUUAGUGCGUACCGGUAUGCGGCUGUGGUGCAUAUACGUGGUCACGACUCGGUCCCUGUGCAUACGAUUGAGAAGGGUGCUUGGGUCGACUUUGGCGCAUCACGAAUGGAUCGCGCGUCUCUCUUAAAGUUUCUGCGACGUUCGAAGAGCUCGUCGACCGUGGCCAUAAGCAACAUUCCCUUCGCCAAGACCGCCUUUGAGCGACAGAUUGUUGAGUCCCUUGAGGAAGAGGAUAAGUCCAAACUCGAUGGCGCCGCUUGGAUCUCAACUAUUCGCUCUGAAACUGACAGCCGUGCGUCUCUCUCUGUUCCUGACCUUCACGAACUCGCUCAAGACGCUGGGUUCCGCUUGGAGGUCAGCGCGGCGCGUCAGUGGUCUCAGAGCGGUGCCCUUGAUGCCGUCUUCCAUCACUUACCGUCCCCUUCGGACACUCGUCGCACGCUGAUCAAGUUCCCGACCGAUAAUCACCUGCGAAGCUCAGCGACCCUUGCCAAUCGUCCGCUACAGGGAUUACAGCGUCGUCGUGCCGCAUUACAAGUCCGCGAGCGAUUACAGUCUCUACUACCGUCAUACAUGAUCCCCUCCAGCAUCGUAGUCUUGGAACAAAUGCCUCUCAAUCCCAACGGCAAGGUCGACAGGAAGGAACUUGCGCGCCAGGCUCGGAUUGUACCGAAGCAGCAGACUGCACUGCCUGCGCAAGCGGUGCCUAUCAGCGACAUCGAGGCUAUACUCUGCGACGAAGCGACCGCGACGUUUGGGAUGAAGGUUGACAUCUCUGAUGACUUCUUCAAACUCGGCGGACAUUCCCUCUUAGCUACGAAGCUCAUCUCGCGAGUCGAACAGCGCUUCAAUGUCCGCGUCACCGUCAAAGACGUUUUUGACAAUCCCGUCUUUGCUCAUCUUGCACAAGGCUGGUCUGCCCGUGUCGCCCCUCGUACCGAGACUGAGAUCAUCUUGUGCGACGAGGCCUCCAAGCUUCUUGGUAUCGAAGUUGGUAUCACUGACAACUUCUUUGAUCUCGGUGGACACUCGAUGAUGGCGACAAAGCUCGCCAUGAGACUUGGUCGGCGACUGGAUGCUACGAUAGUGGUCAAGGAUGUCUUCGACUACCCGGUUUUGUUCCAGCUGUCCAAGAAGCUUGAGUCUGCUAGGUCGGGGACUGGUAAUGACGAGGCGCACCUCGAUGAGUACAACCAAUUCGAGCUUCUCUCACUCGAGGAUCCGCAAGGUUUCGUCCAGCGAGAGAUUUGCUCACAGCUCAACAUCUCAUUGGAAUCGAUUCAAGAUACCUACACGUCCACCCAGAUGCAAAAGUCAUUCCUCUUCAGUCCCGGAACUGGCUCCCCAAGACCUCUCGCGCCCUUCUACAUUGACUUCCCGGUCGACUCAGACCCAGCUACCCUCUUCAACGCCUGUCAUCUCCUAGUUGAGCACAUCGACAUGUUCAGAACAGUCUUUGUGCUGGCUUCAGGUCAGCUCUAUCAAGUGGUUCUGAAGCAUCUCGACGUGCCAAUUGAGACGAUUGUCACUAACCAAAACGUCAACACGGCUACCAACGAUUUCCUGUAUGAGCACGCACAAGACCCCAUUCUUCUAGGAGAGUCGUUAAUACGUAUCGCUAUCCUCAAGCAGUCAUCUUCAGUACGAGUACUACUGCGACUAUCGCACGCUUUGUAUGAUGGCCUGAGUUUAGAGCCUAUCGUGCGUAACCUACAUAUCCUCUUUAACGGCAUGUCUCUGCUUCCACCAACACAGUUCAGGCGGUACAUGGAGUAUACAGCCAACAGCCAAGAGAAGGGCUUUGAGUUUUGGCGUGGCGUGAUUGGGGACUCUCCUAUGACUGUCUUGAGCGAUGCGACUAACGCGGCUUGUCCUCGGGAGAUGUCAACUUCCAAGGCCCUGCACUUGUCAAAGGUCGUCAACGUUCCGAGCCAAGCUAUUCGCAGCAGCAUCGCCACGCAGGCGACGGUGUUCAACUCUGCUUGUGCUUUGGUGCUCUCGAAGGAAUCUGGGUCCAGCGACGUUGUCUUCGGUCGCAUUGUCUCAGGCCGUCAGGGCUUGCCUGUCAAUUUCCAGGCCAUCAUCGGCCCAUGCACCAAUGCCGUCCCUGUUCGCGCACACGUAGGUACAGAUGAGACUCAUCACCAGAUGCUUCGCGACAUGCAAGACCAAUACCUGCGAAGCUUGCCAUUCGAGACCCUUGGCUUCGAGGAUAUCAAGCGCAACUGCACGGACUGGCCAGAAGCAACCACGAAUUUUGCAUGCUGCGUGACAUACCAUAACUUUGAGUAUCAUCCCGAGAGUGAAGUGAAACAGCAGCGUGUUGAGAUGGGAGUCUUGUCGAAGCAUGUUGAGCUCAGGAAGGAUGAGCCGCUGUAUGAUCUGGCGAUAGCGGGAGAGGUUGAGCCUGACGGGAUGAGCUUGAAGGUCACCAUCAUUGCGAGGGCGCAUUUAUUUGAGGAGGAGACGGUGCAGUAUUUCUUGGACGAGGUUUGCAACACAUUUCAGGCCCUGAACCUUUCUUUAUAA